AAUGACAGUGAGCGGGGCGGUGCAGGCGGAUAUUGGGACACUCCGGGUGCCAAAACGAGCCACCGAGCGCCACAAGCCUCAUCACUGACUUCUUCGGCGAGCUGGUUAUGUGUGCGAGCGAUCCCGAGCGUGAAGAAAAAACGUUGCCUCGGGAAACGGGAAAGCGCGCUGUGCUCUGAGAAGGUUUUCCCUAACUUGAAGCAGGUAAGACUGAGCAUUGUUCACAGGUAUUGAGGGAUAAACUAGGGAGGCCGGGGGUGAUCAAUGCCAAGGGUUUGAUGUGAGAGAAAUGGUGUGAGUGCGCGCUUUCGACCUCUUGCCACAUGUGUCCGAAUGUUGGGUGGGGGGCACUACGCCGACAAAGCUCAUACUAAAUAUAUUUCUCCAUACACGGCUCCCCCUUCGGAGCAAAAGCGGGCCCAUCAGCAGCAUUCCGAAGCAGAGCUCAACAAGGUGCCCAUACGCAGAGGCGAAAUCCGCCGUGACAGCAGAGCUACAUCAGGAGGCCGGUAGCGUUGAAGCAACAAGAACCGUCAGGGUCCAGCUGCACCCCGAGUACUGCCGAGGUCCACUCCUGAGAUGGCGUCGACGGACCGUGCCGCAUUGGUUGCUCUAUACAACGCGACCAACGGGGCUAACUGGAAGAACAGGUCAAACUGGAAUGCUGAUGCACCGCUAGGGCAAUGGUACGGAGUCGAUGUCAACGACGCGGGCCGCGUGGUGAAGUUGAUGCUGUCCUCCAACGACCUCAAAGACGUUCGCAUCUCCGCAGAUCUGUUUCGUCUUCUGGAGAAAUCGUGCAUGGACGCGUACGCGGGUUGUUGGAGAGCCAGGGCAAGUACGACGAAGGCGACCCGCUCUAUCUGCGAGCUAUUGAGAUUGGGGAGAAGACGCUAGGCCCUGACCACCCAGCUCUUGCCACAUCGCUUAACAACAGGGCGCGGAUGUUGGAGGCGCAGGGCAAGCACAACGAGGCGAUUCCACUACUAGAGAGGGCAUCCUCCAUCCGAAGGAAGAGGCUGGGGGGGUGUCACCAUUCCACAGUCGACACUCAGAUCACGCUGGAGCGUGUUCAAAAACAUGUUCGUGAAGAGACUAACUAG